AGGAAGAUGUUAUACGCCACGAUAUUAAUGCUCAAGGCAUCUUCUUCUAAUCUUUGGUUCCAAUUUGUGUAAUCAUUCUCUUGAAGGAGUCUCAUCACUGUCAUCACUCCAAUUGGAAGGAGUUGGAACCUUGAAGCGAAGUAUAAGUCUUAACUUACUGGUGGAGGACGACAAGCGCUAUGGAGAUGGAGUCCAUGCUUCCAGUUGACAUUGUAAGCUUUCUUUCCUGGACCACCACCAUCAUAGUUACUGCCGUAAUCUUCUCAAACCCCACGUCGGUUGUGAUGUGUGAGAGCAGCAGUCAUAAUAAUGCUGCAGCAGGAAUGAGCACGAAGACGGAACUCUUCCUAGAACAUCGCCAAAUCCAAAUCCUGGAAGAGCAGCAAAGCCCGCUGACGAUUAUCGGUGAGGCAAUCCUGGCGAACCAUGGGGAUGUUCUCUCUUCACCGGCCAAGGGUUUUGGCACUCAGAUCCUCAUCGAUGCUAUUGCUCUGUCUGUGGAUGAACGCACCAUUUACUAUACGGAAAAGUAUCAUCGGACAGUGAAUGCUACGUGCAUUGCAACAUCGAUCGUGAAGAAGGCGGAAUCCUUUGACACCGCGUUGAACAUCUCUUACCUUGCUGGACCAUGGUUCAAACCUGGGUCCAACCAAUCCUCCUCAAACUCGAGUGUCGUGCAGGGACUCCUGAUGCUAGAUGAUGUCAAUUUGCUUGUGUCAGAUAAGGACAACUCCUUCCUCCGGAUGAUCAACGUAACGUGUGGCACCGAGGUUAACACGAGGCAUAUAUUGCACCCUUUACAAAUGGCCAAACAUCCAACACAGGAGGCCUUUUUUGUCUCAUCGCAAGACAGCAUCCUCAAAGUCCCCUUGACGAAGCCGGAGGCCUGGCAUCCGAAUAUUGUCAUCGCGGGCGCAGAAAAUGAGAAAGCAGACUAUGUGGACAGUGUGAACAAGAGCGAGGUCCGGUUUGCGAAUCCAAUGAUAGGCCCACAGGCUGUUUCACGAGACGGAAGAGUUAUGUACGUUGCUGACUACUGGAACAACGCGGUGCGAUGGGUAAAUAUUGUUGGAGGGGGGGCUACAGAAACCGUAGCAGGACUGAGCCAGCCCGGGUUACUUCCUGAAGGGGGAUUCAAAAACCCCAACGGUGUUGUCUUGACGUCAAACGGCUGCAACUUGUUUGUUUCCGACCGGAACAGUGGACAAAUACACUGGCUUGCCUUCUCUCAGCCGGGAGGCGGGAAGCCAGUAUUUCUCAAAACAGUUGCAGUCCUACAGAAGUCCAACGGGGAGCCCGAGCUGAUCACAUCUCCCUGUCUCUCGAAAGAUGAACGAUUCUUGUUCAUUGGCACAGGUGAUGGCCAGAUACUGAAGCUUGAGCUGAACAGCAGUGCUUUACGCCGCUGCGAUGGUGGCGGUGGGGCUGGAGGCAAAGAUGCUUCCCUACGUUUGCUGACUGGUCUGUCCCUCGGACUGAUCUCCGCGAUAUUCCUCAUGAUAGGAUGUGCAUUGUGGAUUUUCGUCUUCCAGGCACGGCGAUUCGAAAAGGCACAACACGCUGACGUAGACAAGAAUGAGAUUUAUCCUGCUAAGGUCUUGGUGUCUGCAGCAGGGUCUUCCGAUGUACUAGGGCCUGCGACGAGCAGAGGUGUCACUGAGUUCCCAUCUGCAAUGCUGGAGAUGACAGUUCAAGAGGGAAGCUGUCUGACAGGGAACGGUAGUAAGAACAGCGAUGUGCACAGAGCGGCCAUCGUGAUUGGCGGAAAUAAUACAGCAGUCGCUAUCAAGGUAAUGAGGUGGGAAUCAGACGACAGCAGCGAACAGAAGCGAUUCAGGGAAGAGAUCAGAUCGCUGGGCGAUUUGCAGCACAGGCACCUCGGCAAACUUCUUGGCUUCUGCAUUGAGAAGGGGAGGUGUUUCCUUGUCUACCCGUUCAUUGAGCAUGGGUCGUUAUACAACUGCUUGCAUGACCAUCAGGUAAUGGCGUUAUCAUCGCGAGCGGGCGACAGAAAUGGGCCAACGAAACUCCCAUUAGGUUGGCAGGAGCGGAUGCUGAUCGCGCGACAAGUAGCAGCCUGUUUGAGGUAUUUACACCAUGAAGCAGACCGACCUGUUCUUCAUUGCAAUAUCAAGAGUACGAAUGUGCUAGUCCAGGGGAAAGGGGAGAUGGUGCAUGCGUACCUGUGCGAUUUUUGGUUCGUGAAGCUCGGACACGUGCAUGGUCGUUCAGGCGGGCUGCAUCAUGAUAGUACUUCGACCGGCGAGGCAGCAGUUCAUGUGAGCAUGCUAACUUUCGACAACCCUGGGUAUAUGCCACCGGAAUGUAGUGAACGGAUGCAGAGAACGCCAUCGAUGUCAUUGGAUGUUUUCGCUUUUGGGGUGUUACUUCUUGAGCUCUUGACAGGACUGUUACCGAUGGUGCAGCUCGCAAACGGUGAUUCGGUGCCAUUGUGGGAAUGGGCAAGGCGUUGUCCCCUUGAGGGACUGGUGGACCCAAGCAUAAGGAUGUCAUUGACACCAGCUGCAUGGAGGAUGACCAGGGAGGUGAUGGGCAUGUCGUUGGGCAAUGCUAUGAGGCACAGCAACUACACGCUAAACGCAUGUCACCAAGAGCGAGUGAGGCAGUACAAGACGGAGCAUGGACUGGGAGAAACGCCUCCUCCAUAUGGAGCAGCGGUGGGGGCUGAGCCAGCCGGAUAUGCUGUUGGGAGGGGUGACCACGAGAUGGAUGAGUAUCACCGAGGGCAGCCCAUGCCGAGGGCAAGACACAUGAUGACGAGGGAGAGGUCGCGGAUUGGGACAGCAACCCUGACAUUGACAAUGUCACCGACAGGCGGAGAUGCUGUCCCCGCUCGAUCAUCGCCCAUUGCGGGAUCUCCGCAGGGGACGCCCGAUCCUCGCCAAAGCGUCGAUCGAUCUCCUUGUGCAGCGCGUGGGUUGUUGGGUGUUUCACCGCACAGCGGUGGUCCGGAGGUCCGGUUGGGGAAACGACGCCGCGGUACCGUUUCGCAUGCAACUGACAGCGUCGUUGGCCCGGGCGUGACACCCAUUUCGCCUUUCGCUGGUGUGUUGGGGGCUUCUCCGCCGGGUGUGGCCGGGGUUCGUGAGGCGGCCACGUAUGGAUGUGUGUAUGGUGGUCCAUUGCUGCCAUCCCCACUGCUGCCUAGAAGGCUGGACUAUGCGGCCACGAUUCCUUUAGCACCUAUAUGGUCACAUGUGGUGGCCCCGCCAUGUCCCGCUGGAGGCGGUUCUCUUUCAGGAGAUCGCAGUGAUGCUUGGCGUUGUCCAACCGUUUCAUGUCCAAGAGUCGUGGGCGCGGCUGCGGGUUCGUUUGCGGUGCCGCCUCAGGCUCCCUAUGUCGCUCCUGAUUCCACACCUCCGUUUGACGAUGUGGAUAGCUCUGCGGCAGUCGGCGGCACGCCGUGUUCGGGCGGCAACAACAUCGUGCGAGUGUGUGUGUGGGACGCGUGUCGGAGACGGUUGUACGCUCUCCGGAACGCUAUGGCCGGUGUGGGUGACCAUCGCGGACCGGUCAGCAACGUUAUUGAUCGACUGCUCCACUGGUCCUUGCCAGCCAUCCGUGCGGAUAUUGGAGACGAGGUAGCAGAUGUGAUUUCUUCUUCGUUGCCAUCUCGGGUGUGCGGUCGAGAUUUCACGUUGCGUUAUAUGCCAGGCGAUUCCGGUGUUGACUACGGUCAGGCGGGUUCGCAGGGUUCAGCGAGCGGAGGGUUGGGGGAGUCUCAUGACGGAUCACAGAACUCGUUCCCGUCAUCGUGUCGCGCAUUGCAGCGCAGUGACAGAGGGCGCGACAGAACCCGUAGCGCAGGUCGCUGCACACCGACACGUGCCCGGCCGCAGACGUGGUGGGAUAGUUGGGACGGUGUUGACCAGUGCGUUCCUGGGCCUGAAAUUGACCGUGCCAGUGUUGAGGAGGCGAUGGCGUUGUGGAGUGGACCGACGGCGCCGGAUGUUGUGUUUUUGGAGCCAGUCAAGCUUCUUCAAUUGCUGGCCAUGUUUCAUCUAUAUUGCCCGUGGCACAAGGGCUCGUGCCGUGUGUCUGUGGAGUCUGUCUCCUAUCCUGCACAACUCUGUAAGCUGACGUUCGUAUGCGGCAAGAAAUGCAAAUGGACGUGGCACACGGCACUCGUGACCACGAACGUCUAUCGGUCGCGACUGAUGCAGCAACUCUUUCAUGCGACGGUCGUCGCGGGCCUUACAUUCACGCUCCUCGACAACUUUUAUGUUUGCUUAGGGAUGUGCUCGGUGCACAAACCCACAUUCUACAAGUUUAUGCGCACAGAUUCAGGGGGGUCGGAGGGGUGGAAUGCCAAGGUCGUACGGCAGGGCAUAAAAUAUUGCGAGCUUGCCAUUGACAGUGUGAUGCGCAGUGGUGAGCCAGUGACAUUGAUGGUUGAUGGUUGGUAUGACUCUGCCAGAGGCGCGCAACAUUGCACUGUCACCACAAUGGAGUACGAGACUCGGCUUGUUGUAGGUGUUCACACUCUCCGUUCGAAGAUUGAAGGCAAGGCAUCGAAUGCGCUUGAGGUGCCAGCCGUCGUGCAACUUUUGCGAGGGCUGAUGGACAAGGGGUUGAAGAUCCGGUGCGUUGUCUCGGAUGAUUGUGCAGCGCUGGGACCAAAGUUGCGAGCUAUGAACAUUGAGUGGCAGAAGGAUUGCCACCACAAAAUAAAAAACAUUCACAAGCAGUUCCACAAUAUGCUGCAAUUGAAGGAAGCGAAGAAAGUGAGCAGCCCGCACGACUGUGUAUCAGAGGCGCAGUUUAUGUUGUUCACGAAGAAGCGACUAAAGGAGGCGUUGGAGCAGCGUUUCGGACCUGACGUCCUCACACCUGCUGAGGAGCGGAUAAAAAAAUCGGAUUUCGUCGCUGUUGUCAUGCGAAAGAUGUACCCCUACGGAUCGAGGUUGAAUGCUCGAGCGUUGGAGACUGAUCCUGACGGCUUGACAGAGUAUCAUGCGCAUGAGGUUGGGAUGUGGUUCCUCCGCGCUUGCCAGCUGUGCACGGAGGAGGGCGGAGACGCCGACAGUCUACACCGCGACAUCUUGUUGGUCGUCGAUCAUUGGGCUGGUGAUCAUUCGGGAUGUGUCGACGAUAGGGAGGUUCUAUGCGAGAAGGCCGGUGGGCGUGCACGAUUGCCUUUGUAUAGCCGCACGGACACGGUCUACGAGCUCGUUCUACGUGUUCUCAAUAAACAAUGCAGCACUAACAUCACGCCGUACUACGUCGAGUUUCGGCACACAUCGGCGGUGGAGACUUUUCAGGGCACCAUCAUUAUCUAUGCGAAGAAGUCGGUGCAUUUCGAGAAGUCUUUCUGUGCACGUUUGUCGAUCGCAGUGAUUCAGUGGAACAGUCACUGCUGGCGCGACCCGGUCGGGUAUGUUGCUCGCAUUGCUGCGGGCACUUCCAUACCUGCGAGACCAGGCUUCCGUCGACACUACGGUCACGAGGCGAUCGACUGUUGGGAGGACAAAUUGGCGGCGUCAGUGUUCGGUUCGGCUCAUGUUUGAGACUGAGCUCGAGAGCUUCUGCGGCAGGAGGUCUGUCCUUAUGGAGCCGGACCAUUAC